AUGGAGUAUACCAAGGACCCCAUAUCAGACAGUGACGAUGAUAGUCGGCAGAUCAACGUCGCAACGGCCCAUGCCUACAUCACCGGCCCCGAAUUCGCGGCGAGGUCCAGGCGAUUUUACAAUGUGGAUGAUGAGGAUGCUUGUUCCAUCAAGGAAGAAGAUGAACAGUCAUUUUUUCAGAAGACCUACAAACAAAGCAUCGAUUUGACCGGCGUGGACGAAAUCGAGGAUUCGGAGUCAUCGUCAACCGAUAACCCCCCUUUACACUUUAACAUAUCGCGAGCUCUUGAUCUCGAUAAUCUAAUCUGCGCCGAUGCAUACCGCGAGAGCCUCGUCUCAGGGGAUACCCCUCGCAUUCGCACCAUGAUGUUCAACAUCUCACGAGAGUUGGCCCUUUCACCCACCGUGCAGAGUGCAGACAGGAACAUGCUAACGGCCGUCAUCUGGCGGAUCCUAACAUCAACGAACUCGAGCAUUCUGGAGAGCGUUCUGGCCGGAGAUAUUGCCAAAAGAUGGCAUUCGAGUCCUGAAGUCAAAUACGCACUCCAACGCACGCGGAUACAAGCUCGGAGCGCGAAACAACCAUGCAUCUACAUGAAUGUAUUCACGGAUAAUAAGGGUCGAUGCCCAUCAAUGAAAACAUACAUCCAGAUUCUCGACAUGAUGGAAAUGUACGCGCACGAUGGAGUUCUAGAUCGCGAACAGGAGGUCAAGAUUCUCAGAGUUGAUCGACAGUUCGGCGACCCCAACCGAUGGCAACUACGCGAUGUCAAGUCGGGUAAGCGCAGAUACAUCGACGGCAAUACCAAGGGUCGAAUAGCAUACAUACGCAUCUUCAUUGGUAAGGUACGAGAGAGAAUCGCAGCGAAAUUGGGAACGAGCAUCGAUCAGCUCAAAGACAUUGCUGCACUGGAGGAGGCCGGUUUAGACCUGAGUGCACGGUUCGAUCCAGCCUUCACUGAGGUUGGAUACACAUCGCAGUCGGAAGACAGGUUGAAGGCUCAUCGAGAGUAUCGUUCCUCUAAUUACAUGAUGAACCUAUUCGAGGCUAUCUGCCACUCGAUGGGCCAUGUGGAGUUCGCCAUCCAUAAUUUCGUCGUGUACCUCAUCUGGCAACUAGAGCAGGCAGCAGUGGCCGAGAUGGUAUUUACCUGCCUCGCAAACGCAACCAUCCAAAAUGGCAAAGGAUUCUCCUUUUAUCCGUCCGGGUUGUCCGUCAACUCUGCUUACGAGAUUUCGCAUUCCAAGUGGGAGAGUUUAACUGCCCAUAUGCUGGAUGAAUCCCCAUUCGAGAACAACAACAGACAGGAGGCGUCUGUACAAUCAAUGAUUGACGAUAGGCUGGAUGAGAUUGCGCUUUCGGACAUAUUGAUGGUGAGAGAAGCACGUGCGGCAAUUGAAAAAUACAUGAAUCAACCUGUUCAAACACCCGAACAGCUUGAUCAGAUCGAGCAAUAUGAAUCAAUGGAAAGGAGGCGCUUUAUCACCAAGAUGAUCCGGGCAGCCGAAGUUCAUCACAAUUUACUACAUGAACUUGAAGCUGCUGGAGAACAGGUAGGGAUUGAGGGCGACAUGGAUCUCAAUGAUUGA